AUGGCUUUGGAUCCCCUCAAUGAGGACAAAAUCACUAUACCACACGAGGAUGACGAACCGUCAUUCGAGCCCAUCAACUUAAUUGAACAGAGCGAUGUGGAAACCCUCACUCGCAUUGCUACCCAACAAUCCCGUCGACAGUCAACCGUUACCCAUCGUCUCGCAUCUAUUGCAGAACAAGACCCGGCCCUAAAUCCUCAGGGACCCAACUUUGACCUACGAAAAUGGCUUAUUGCCGCCAUGAAUGAUGUUGGACGCGAUCGUACGAGGGGUCAGGGUAUGGGCAUUGUCUUCAAACAGCUCAACGUCUAUGGAUCCGGAGCAGCGCUGCAAUUUCAAGAAACGGUGUCAUCGCUGUUGACGGCGCCUCUUCGACUACCGCAGGUAUUUCGGGAAGCUCAUUCCCCUCGCCGGCGAAUCCUCAAAGACUUCAAUGGCGUUCUCAAGCGCGGAGAACUAUUGCUGGUACUGGGCCGACCCGGUGCCGGCUGCAGUACAUUCCUUAAAUCGCUUUGUGGUGAGCUUCAUGGCCUUGAGCUUGAUAAGGACACUGUGAUUCACUAUAAUGGUAUCACACAAUCUCGGAUGACGAAGGAAUUCAAAGGCGAGGUCGUUUAUAACCAAGAGGUCGAUCGACACUUCCCUCAUUUGACUGUCGGUCAAACCCUCGAGUUUGCAGCCGCCACUCGCACGCCAGCACAUAGAUUUGAGGGCAUGUCGCGCGCAGAAUUUGCUAAGCUCAUGGCUCAAGUGGUUAUGGCGGUAUUUGGACUCAGUCAUACUUAUAAUACUCGCGUGGGUGAUGAUUUCAUUCGUGGCGUGUCUGGUGGUGAGCGAAAGCGCGUGAGUAUCGCCGAGAUGGCUCUCGCAGCCUCUCCCUUGGCUGCGUGGGAUAAUUCGACGAGAGGACUUGAUUCUGCUACAGCCUUAAAGUUCGUUGAAUCUCUAAGAUUGCUUUCGGAUCUGACUGGUUCGGCUCAUGCUAUCGCUGCAUAUCAAGCUAGUCAAAGCAUUUACGAUGUUUUUGACAAGGUUGUUGUUCUCUAUGAAGGACGUCAGAUCUUCUUCGGGCCUGCCUCGCAAGCAAAAGCUUAUUUCGAACGACAAGGCUGGGAAUGCCCCCCACGUCAAACUACUGGCGACUUUCUCACCUCUAUCACCAACCCACAAGAGCGCUCGGCCCAGCCGGGUAUGGAAUCCCGUGUUCCUCGUACUCCUGAGGAUUUCGAGAAUGCUUGGCUGAAAUCUGCCGAGUAUACGGAGUUGCAGAACAACAUCACUGCAUAUGAGAAAGAAUAUCCAAUUAGCGAUGAUGCAGCUGCCGUUGUUGAAUUCCAGGAGAAGAAGCGUGGCAACCAGGCAAAGCAUACACGUCCAAAGUCACCAUAUAUCAUCAGUGUUCCUAUGCAAAUCAAGUUGAACACUGUUCGUGCCUACCAAAGACUAUGGAAUGAUGCUGCUUCCACUGUUUCUACAAUUGUCAGUAACAUUAUCAUGGCUUUGAUUAUCGGUUCCGUUUUCUAUGACUCUCCCAACACCACUUCUGGCUUCACAUCAAAGGGUGCAACUCUGUUCUUUGCUGUCCUGCUCAACGCUCUCACAGCUAUGAGCGAGAUUAACAGUCUCUAUGCACAACGUCCCAUUGUUGAAAAGCAUAAUUCUUACGCAUUCUAUCAUCCAUCGACCGAGGCCAUCGCCGGCGUGGUCGCUGAUAUACCGGUUAAAUUUUGCUUGGCAGUAGCAUUCAACAUCAUCAUUUAUUUCCUUUCUGGUCUGCAGCGUGAACCAGGGAACUUUUUCCUCUAUUUCCUUGUCACGUUUUUGAUUACCUUCGUCAUGAGUGCUGUUUUCCGCACACUGGCUGCCGUCACAAAGACUGUCUCGCAGGCCAUGGGGUUGGCCGGUGUAAUGAUCCUUGCGCUCGUUGUCUACACAGGCUUUGUUCUACCGGUUCCCUCAAUGCACCCUUGGUUCGAAUGGAUUCAUUAUCUGAAUCCUAUCUACUAUGCCUUCGAGAUUCUUAUUGCCAAUGAAUUCCAUGGAAGGGACUUCCCCUGUGCACAGUUCAUUCCAUCUUACGCGGACCUUUCUGGAAACUCGUUCUCUUGCUCUGCCUCUGGAUCUGUGGCAGGUGAAACGACGGUAAAUGGCGAUCGAUAUAUUCUGCUGAACUACGAGUAUAAGUUUAGUCAUGUCUGGCGUAAUGUUGGCAUUCUAUUCGCAUUCCUCGUUGGCUUUAUGGCAAUCUACUUCAUUGCCUGUGAGCUGAACUCUUCCACUACCAGCACCGCCGAAUCACUGGUCUUCCGCCGCGGUCAUGAGCCAGCAUACAUGCGCCAGGACCUGAAUAAUUCUGGAUCAGACAUUGAAAGCAAAGAGACCGCACCUGUAAAUGAUUCUACGGUCGACAAGUCUGAUGAGAGAGGGAUGUCCGCUAUUCAACCGCAAACAGAUGUCUUCACUUGGCGAGAUGUGAGCUAUGAUAUUGAGAUCAAAGGAGAGCCUCGCCGUCUUCUAGACCAUGUCUCAGGAUGGGUGAAACCUGGUACUCUCACUGCACUCAUGGGUGUCAGUGGAGCGGGCAAAACGACUCUUUUGGAUGUCCUAGCGCAUCGUACUUCAGUCGGUGUUGUAACUGGUGACAUGUUUGUGAAUGGAAAUGGACUUGACGCAAGCUUCCAGCGAAAGACGGGCUACGUCCAGCAGCAAGAUCUUCAUCUUGAAACGGCAACAGUACGGGAAUCCUUGCGCUUUAGUGCUCUUUUGCGUCAACCCGCAAGUGUUUCGAUACAGGAAAAGCACGAUUAUGUCGAGGAUGUCAUCAAAAUGCUGCACAUGGAGGAUUUUGCAGAAGCUAUUGUUGGCGUCCCCGGUGAAGGUCUGAACGUUGAACAGCGAAAGCUUUUGACCAUUGGCGUUGAGCUAGCUGCAAAGCCCAAGCUUCUUCUUUUCUUGGAUGAGCCUACAAGUGGUCUUGAUUCUCAGAGUUCAUGGGCUAUCUGCUCGUUCCUCCGAAAACUUGCCGAGCAUGGACAAGCGGUUCUUUGUACCAUCCAUCAGCCCAGCGCUAUCCUUUUCCAGCAGUUUGACCAACUUUUAUUCCUUGCUAGAGGAGGCAAAACUGUCUACUUUGGGCCCAUUGGUGAACAGUCGCGAACACUACUGGACUAUUUUGAAUCGCAUGGUGCACGCAAAUGUGGAGACAGUGAGAACCCGGCUGAGUUCAUGCUUGAUGUCGUGAAUGCUGGUUGUAACUCUCAAGGUGAAGACUGGUUCAAUGUCUGGAAGCAGAGCAAAGAAAGUGGACUGGUCCAGACUGAGAUUGAUCGGAUCCACAAGGAGAAGCAAGGCCAAGUUCAACAGUCCGAUGACUCCUCCGCCAGCCACCAAGAGUUUGCAAUGCCCUUCUGGUUCCAACUAUACCAGGUCACCUAUCGUGUCUUUCAGCAGUACUGGCGUAUGCCAUCCUAUAUUAUCUCUAAGUGGGGACUCGGAAUUGCCUCUGGUCUUUUCAUUGGUUUCUCGUUUUACCAAGCCAAGACGUCACUCCAAGGAAUGCAGACAAUCAUCUAUUCAGUAUUCAUGCUCUGCACCAUCUUCACUUCUCUCGUUCAACAGUUGAUGCCUUUGUUCGUGUCACAACGCUCUCUUUAUGAAGUCCGUGAGCGACCGUCCAAAGCAUACUCGUGGAAGGCUUUCUUGAUUGGCAACGUAAUCGUCGAAAUACCUUAUAUGAUAAUUACCGGUAUUCUCAUUUUCGCCUGUUACUUCUACGCUGUCGUCGGUAUCCCGUCGUCCGUGAGCCAGGUUACCGUCCUUCUACUCUGCAUCCAGUUCUUCAUCUAUGCCGGUACAUUUGGUCAAAUGGCCAUUGCCGCUCUUCCCGAUGCGCAGACUGCUAGCGCAGUUGUGGUCCUGCUUUUCGCUAUGUCGCUUACAUUCUGUGGUGUCAUGCAGCCUCCUUCCGCACUCCCUGGGUUCUGGAUUUUCAUGUACCGCGUUUCCCCCUUCACCUAUUGGACGGGCGCCAUGGCCUCCACUCAGGUUCAUGGUCGUCACGUUGAAUGUUCCUCGGCAGAACUUGCCACUUUCGACCCCCCCUCUGGUCAGACCUGUGGCCAAUAUCUUAGCAAAUAUGUUGAGUUGGCAGGUGGCCAGUUACUUAACUGGAAUGCCACGUCGGACUGCCAAUACUGCUCGGUCACUGUUGGUGAUCAGUAUCUCGCCCAAUCUGAAAUUUACUACUCCCAGCGCUGGAGGAAUUUUGGCAUUGUUUGGGCCUUUAUUGUGUUCAACAUCUUCAUAGCCACCACUCUUUACUAUCUCUUCCGCGUCAAGCGCUGGAAUCUGGAAGGUAUCAAGCAGAAGCUUCUUCCCUCCAGAUUCUCGAAGCCCAAGGCAUGA